AUUGUUGUAAUUCCUCACGAGACUUGAACCAUGAUGUAGUUUUUCGGAUUUUCUUCAUUAACAGUCUGAUUCUGGAGGUUCGAAGAUGGGAACUAAAAUUGUUUCUAAAAGGUAAUUACUUUUGUGACUUGAUCAAUCAAAACAGAAAUUUGUUAUGCUUUUAUCAAUUAAAUAAACACUACAGUAAUAUUCAUCAAGGAAUCACUUCAGAUUACAACAAGCAAUAUACCCCCAAAGACCUGAGAGUCAAAAACAUAAAAAGCCCAAUCUAAGUUACGCAGCCCAAAAUCUUGCUGAUAACAUAAUGGAAAACAAAUGAAAGCCCACCCAUUUAGCUUCAGUCUGGACUAAUCCCAACAAACAGGUCCAAGUUAAACUCCAAAGCAAAAGAUAGUUAACCACUUCAAAAAGAAGCAUGAGCUAAAAGGCGAUGGCUUCACUGUCCUCUGCUUCUAUCCCUCUAGUCAGAAUCUCAAUUCAGCUCCCCUGCUUCAGAUUAAAUCACGGAAAGGUUCAGUCUUUGAGAAGAUAUAGCAAAAAUAAGACAACCCAUUUGAGUAUUAGUUCAAUUGUUAGAAUGUGUUCUGUUGCUGCUUCUGAUUCACCAGUGUCCACUUCAAUGUCUGAGCAAUCAAAGAGUGUGUGGAUAUGGACUGAAAAUAGUCAAGUCAUGACUGCUGCUGUGGAAAGGGGAUGGAACACCAUCAUAUUUUCUUCACAGAAUCAAGGGCUUGCCACUGAAUGGUCAUCAAUUGCAUUCAUUGAUCCUCUUUUCAUUAAAGAGGGAGGGAUUUUCGAUGGUGCGGGCAAAAGGGUUGCUACAAUUUUUGAGGUUUCAACUCCUGCAGAGUUAAAGAAGCUCCAGCCUGAGGAUAAACAUGCAGGGAAUGUUGUCAUUGAUUUACUGGACUGGCAGGUGAUACCUGCAGAAAAUAUUGUGGCAGAGUUCCAAGGCAGUCAAAGGACUGUGUUCGCUGUCUCAAAAUCACCUGUUGAAGCACAAUUAUUUCUUGAGGCCUUGGAGCAUGGGCUGGGUGGGGUUGUUUUAAAAGUCGACGAUGUCAAAGCAGUUCUUGACUUGAAGGAGUAUUUUGACAGAAGGAAUGAAGUUCACAAUAGAUUGAGCUUGACUAAGGUCACCAUAACUCAAGUUCAUGCAGUUGGAAUGGGUGAUCGAGUUUGUGUGGAUCUUUGUAGCCUCAUGAGACCUGGUGAGGGACUCCUGGUUGGAUCAUUUGCUAGAGGACUCUUUCUUGUCCACUCAGAAUGUUUGGAGUCGAAUUACAUUGCGAGUAGACCUUUCCGAGUCAAUGCAGGGCCUGUCCAUGCUUAUGUUGCUGUCCCUGGAGGUAAAACUAGCUACCUUUCUGAGUUAAAAGCAGGCAAAGAGGUGAUUGUGGUUGAUCAAAAGGGAGGACUACGGACAGCAAUUGUUGGCCGUGUUAAGAUUGAAACCAGACCACUUAUCCUUGUCGAAGCAAAGAGAGAUGUAAAUGAUCAAACUGUAUACAGCAUCCUUCUACAGAAUGCAGAAACAGUUGCUUUGGUUUGUCCACACGAAGGUAACAGAAUGCAGAAGAAUGUGAUUCCUGUGACCUCACUAAAAGCUGGGGAUGAGGUAUUGCUAAGACUACAAGGUGGUGCCCGACAUACCGGAAUAGAGAUUCAAGAAUUCAUUGUUGAAAAUUGAAUGACCAAGAUGAUAUUUGUGAAACUUGUUCAUUUCCUGGAUUGUUUCCAUCCAGUUGGAGUCCUUUCAUAUCUUGCAGUGUACAAAAUGCCAGUAUCUGUCUUGUUCAUGAAGUACUCAACCAAUCAAUUAUAAAUUAAAACUAGAUAUUUGUAGUGAAUAGCAGCAUAUGCUGUGUUUGAGAAAGAUUUUUUCUUUUGUUGAAAUAUUUAAUUCCCAAAC